GAGGUGGAGGCCGCGCGCCGCCGUGCGCCCAGCCUCUCGGGUCCCCGCGCGUCGCGUGCGCCGGCUGCAGCCCGGGCUCCCACGCUAGCCCCGCGCGGGUACGAGACGCCGCGGCCGGGAGGAAAGCGGAGGGAGGGAGGGAGGACGGGCGGCGGCACUGGCCCGACCCGAACCGGCUCCGUCCCGGCCCCUUCGCACCUGCACCCUCCUCCCGCGGGCCCGGGCCCCUAGCCUCCCCGCACCCUUCUCCGCGUCCGCCCGCGCCUCUCCUUCCCCGCCUGCCCGGCCUCCCAUUCAUUCCGCCGCCGCUUCCCCUCCCCUCCCGGCCCCUACUUCCCGGGCCCCAGCGCCUUCCCGCGCGGACUCCGCCGCGUCCUCGGGGUUCCUGGCACCUUCAUGGAAGUUUAGCGCCUGGACAGUCGCCCCGAGUCCGGCCUGAGAGCGCAGCCGGCUGCUGGCCCGGAGAGGAAGAUGUCUGUGCUCCGGCGGAUGACGCGGGUCUCCAAUCGCUCCCUCCUCGCCUUCAUCUUCUUCUUCUCCCUCUCCUCGUCUUGUCUCUACUUCAUCUAUGUGGCUCCGGGAAUCGCCAACACAUAUCUCUUUAUGGUACAAGCCCGAGGUAUAAUGUUGAGAGAAAAUGUGAAGACAAUAGGACACAUGAUCAGACUGUACACCAAUAAAAACACAACGCUCAAUGGUACAGAUUAUCCUGAAGGCAAUAAUUCAAGUGAUUAUCCUGUCCAAACAACAACGUAUCUUCCAGAAAACUUCACAUAUUCACCAUACCUCCCCUGCCCAGAAAAACUGCCUUACAUGCGGGGAUUCCUCAAUGUCAAUGUAAGUGAAGUCAGUUUUGAUGAAGUGCAUCAGCUCUUCUCCAAGGAUUUAGAUAUUGAGCCAGGAGGUCACUGGAGGCCUAAAGACUGUAAACCCAGAUGGAAGGUGGCAGUUCUCAUUCCUUUCCGUAAUCGCCAUGAGCAUCUUCCAAUUUUUUUCUUGCACCUGAUUCCUAUGCUCCAGAAACAGCGGCUGGAAUUUGCCUUUUAUGUCAUUGAACAGACUGGCACACAGCCUUUUAACCGUGCAAUGCUCUUCAAUGUGGGGUUCAAAGAAGCCAUGAAGGACAGUGUCUGGGACUGUGUGAUCUUCCACGAUGUGGAUCAUCUCCCUGAAAAUGACCGGAACUACUAUGGAUGUGGAGAAAUGCCGCGUCACUUUGCAGCAAAGCUGGAUAAAUACAUGUAUAUUCUUCCAUAUAAAGAGUUUUUUGGUGGUGUAAGUGGACUGACAGUGGAACAGUUUGGAAAGAUCAAUGGUUUCCCUAAUGCCUUCUGGGGGUGGGGAGGAGAAGAUGAUGACCUCUGGAACAGAGUACACUAUGCUGGAUAUAAUGUAACCAGACCAGAGGGAGAUUUAGGGAAAUACAAGUCUAUUCCUCAUCAUCAUCGAGGGGAAGUCCAGUUUUUAGGACGGUAUAAAUUACUAAGGUAUUCUAAAGAACGUCAGUACAUCGAUGGGUUGAACAAUUUAUUAUACACUCCAAAAAUACUGGUUGAUAGGUUGUAUACAAAUAUAUCUGUAAACCUCAUGCCAGAGUUAGCUCCAAUCGAAGACUAUUAAAAGAGGUAGCUCUGUGGUCAGGUGGACCACAGUGCUGGACCAGAAACCUGGAGUCCACUCGUGUUGGAGGUCAGUGCUUUGAUGUGUUUCAGUGUCCUGAUCGCAGAGAAGAGCCAGCGUCCACCAUUUUACAGUGUGGGAUUAAAUCCAGUCGCCCUUCUCCCCUCCCCUCCCCUCUUUGAGUCACGUCCCGUGAUGAGCACUGCAGAAGCUGGAAGCCAUUGCUAAAGACUGGAAGUGAAGAGGGACCCUACAAAGAGAAAAUUUUUAUACUGAAAUCUAUAAUUUAAUCCAAGAGAAUGCUUUUAUUUCUGUUUCAACCUAUUUUGUACAUAGGUGAUGUAAAUUAUAUUGUGUUCAAAUUGUUUAAAAAUAAGUAUUACAGUUUUGCAUGUAAUCGGUUAUGCCUUUAUUGGACUUUUAUAGACAUUUUUUAUUUGCAUGGGAAAAAAACUAAAUUUAUGUCACUAAACAAAGGUUAACCCUUGUGUGAAAUGAAGGAACUGUCAAUAAUUGACAGCAAACUAAUACAGUAAACUGUUAUACUAGUUUUCAGCUUUAGACCUUCAGCCUCUCAUGUGGAAGAAGUCACAGCUAAGCUUUCUGAGGGCUUUAAAGGGAAAAAAGAAAGGAUUUAAAUGGCUUUUCUUCCUGCCAGAAUUACCUUUUUUCCUUGCUUGCAAUCUCAUCAGAUUUUGCUAAAUAACACCAUAUCAUUUAUGCAUAUUGCAUGAGUAUUACCAAGAAAUCUUAAAAGUUGUGAUGUGACAUGAUAUAAAGGACUUCUUUACGUUAAAUCUCUUUUAUGUACCUCUGGUGUAAGUGUCAGGGGUUCUGUGCCUCUAAAAAUGUUCCCAAGGUUGUGUGUUUAUACACUGUGUGUUUUUUUUAAUUCAUAGUAUAUAGCACUUUUAUUAUUUCCAGUUCAGAAGAGCCAAAACAAUCAUUAAGUUAAAAGUUAGUUUUUUUCUUUUUUUAAGGAAUGAGCUAUGAAAAACCCAUUAGUACUUAUACAGAUUAAUUAUACUAUUAGAUAAGAAAUUAAAUGUUCUAUUUUUAUGAAUAUAAAUGCUUAGAUAAAGACUGAUUUUAAGUUUAAAUCACUUUUGAAAAGGAACCCUUUUAAUAUCAGCAGUUAAAUUCAAAUUAUAUUUUUUCCACUUUCAAGAAAUCUUUGAUGUUAUUAAAAUUUCCUCAUUAAAAGUAUAAUUUAAUAGAACUAUCUUAAAAUACAUUGUCAGUUAGUUAAAUACACUAUUAUAAUAUAUACUUUUGAAAACAGGUCUUAUUUCCUGACUACAAGUAUUUUUAUCUUAAAAUUGGACGAAAUUUUCUGAGGCAAAACCAAACAACAUUCUUAGUUUGAAAAGCAUUAAUUAGAAAAAUCCUUUAAAAUAUUUUACAACAUUUUCACAAAUGUAAAACCAGAAAAAGUGAAUCUUCAACAAUGAAGAGUAAUAGAAUUCUAUAAUAAGAAAUAUUUGAGUAAAAUUUGCCUAUAGAUUAUUCACCUAAAACAGAAAUGUGGUUUUUAAUUUUUUUUUUUUUUUGGUACCGGAGAUCGAACUCGGGUCCUUGUGCUUGUGCAGCAGGCGGUGAAACCACUGAGCUAAAUCCCCAGCCCUAGAAAUGUGGUUCUUUUAAUCUCAGGUUGUAAGUUUAAUUUUGAAGUGUCAUUUUCUGUGGCAGUUUCAGUAACAGAAAUGAUCAUAAACCAAAUUAUAAAAUAAUUGAAAAUCUUACAGUUUAAAAACUUUAUAGCCUCUCUUUCUGAUGCCAAACAGAACCUUUUCAUAUUUACUUCUUAGAAAUAGUUCCAAAACAUUUCAUUUUUGGGGGUGAUAUUCAAAAUAGUAAAAAAAAAAAAUCAAACCUUCUGAAAAUUAAGACAUUUGUACCUAAGUUAUGUGUCUGUUCAUUUUGUCUCUCACAGCCAACAUAGUUUCUUGAUGAAAUGAAAGUGGAGUGAUAAUAAUUAAUGUUUGUGGACCGCUAGCAAGAUACAAGGAGCUUGGGAACAUAAUUAACCCAAUAAUACUGAAGUAUUUUAGUUGUGGGAAAAAUUAAUGUUAUUUGAGUCUUUUUAAGGAAAUACAUUUUUCAUUUUAAUGCAGAAUUUGUCCACAUUUGGAAUCUUUUUGUUUUGAUACACAUUUCACUGUUUCAAGAGAAUUCAGUACUACUAGUGUUUGCCUUAUUAUUAGAAUGGAAUGUAAGUAUUUUGCUGUUUUGAAUAUGGUAUGUUAUCCUGUGGAAAUCACUUCACCAGUUUGCGUUUUAAAAAUUUUUUAGUACAGACCUAAAAUUAUUUUGGCUGUAAACAGUAACAUUUAUCUGUUUCUGAAAAUGCCAUGUUUUUCCCAGUUAUAUUAUAUGACAGAAAAUCUGUUUCCUAAAGAACAAAAAAUACAUUGCAACUGUAAACAGUCCUCUUUAUAGUAUAUUUAGUGGAUUUAUUAAUGAAUGUGUAUUGAUUGCUUCCUGUAUCAGGUGCAAUGCUGGCGUGUCUAUUUAAAAGUAUUAUUUCAUUUUUAAACAAAGCAAGUCAAGGAAGUUGAAAUCUUUCUGAAAUCAUAAAGUCGUCCUCUGAUAGGUAAAGUGUCUGCUGUACUUCUUAGUCUCAAAAUCAGCUGACUAUGUGGAUGUAGAUCAGGAUGUCCCUAUGGUGCCACUGGGGACUUUGGUGUCUUUCAAUUUGAGAAAGAAGUAGUGAUUAAAGAGUCUGUUUGUAGAAAAGAAAAGGGAAAAUGUAUACACAUUUGUUGUAACAUUAUGUCUGAUUCAUAGUGAAGAUAGUCAUUCAAUUCUUCACCAAAACUAGGGUUCAACAAGGAUGGUUUUAAAAAAAAAAAUCUAAAUUUCUGUUUGUAUUUUGUGAAAAGGUGUUCAGUAGGAAAACCUUAUUUAUAGUAUUAUAUAAAUAUAAAAUUGUGUUAAAAACUUACACUGUUUUAUCAGCCAAGAUACUGAUACCCAUUUUAAAGCAAAAUGGAACAAUAUCCAGUAUAAUAUUCUCCUUCUGGAUGCUCCCUACAAGCAAAAGAAAAUUUUGUGUCACUUUAUUUGGCUUUGGUCUGUCUCUUGUUCCAUUUCUUUAUGUGAUUUUCAGACUAAUAGACCUCUGGAUUUAUUGUCUUGGAUUUGCAAGUAUGCUAGCUGAGAACUAAAAUGUUCAUAGCAUUGUUUAUCAGAAAGAGGAAGUGUACUUAAGAUUAUUUGAUUAAGAAAGGCUUCUACAUAAAUGCACUGAAAUAAAUGCUGGCAAUUUCUUGUACUCAUUUUCUUCUUUUUGCUUCUCAUGGAAAUGUUUGUACUUUUUUAUCAUUGUCUUUUAUGAAAUAUAAUGUUCUAAAGA